UUCUGCCUUUGACACGAAAACCGGGUUGCGUGUGGCUGUAAAGAAGCUGUCCCGACCAUUUCAGUCCAUCAUCCACGCCAAAAGGACCUACCGAGAGCUGCGGCUACUUAAGCACAUGAAACACGAAAAUGUGAUUGGCUUGUUGGAUGUGUUCACCCCUGCCAAGUCCUUAGAAGAAUUCAAUGAUGUGUACUUGGUGACACACCUGAUGGGAGCAGAUCUGAAUAACAUUGUGAAAUGCCAGAAACUCACCGAUGACCAUGUGCAGUUCCUCAUAUACCAGAUUCUUCGGGGACUGAAGUACAUCCAUUCAGCUGACAUAAUACACAGGGAUUUAAAACCUAGUAACCUAGCUGUAAAUGAAGACUGCGAGCUGAAGAUCCUGGAUUUUGGCUUGGCCCGACACACGGACGAUGAGAUGACCGGGUACGUGGCUACCCGGUGGUACAGGGCUCCUGAGAUCAUGCUGAACUGGAUGCAUUACAACCAGACAGUUGAUAUUUGGUCAGUGGGAUGCAUUAUGGCUGAGCUGUUGACUGGAAGAACGUUGUUCCCUGGUACAGACCAUAUUAACCAGCUUCAGCAGAUCAUGCGUCUGACGGGAACACCCCCUGCCUAUCUCAUUAACAGGAUGCCCAGCCACGAGGCAAGAAACUACAUUCAGUCUUUGUCUUACAUGCCGAAAAUGAACUUUGAAAAUGUGUUUAUUGGUGCCAAUCCGCUAGCUGUGGACUUGCUAGAGAAGAUGUUGGUGCUGGAUACGGACAAACGAAUUACCGCGGCGGAAGCGCUGGCUCACGCCUACUUUGCUCAGUAUCACGACCCGGACGAUGAACCAGUGGCAGACCCCUAUGACCAGUCUUUUGAAAGCAGAGAACUUGAGAUUGAAGAAUGGAAAAGCCUGACGUACGAUGAAGUCAUCAGCUUUGUGCCGCCACCGCUUGACCAAGAGGAGAUGGAGUCCUGAGAAACUGCUCUCUUCUGUUUGUCCCACUUCACUGUGAGGGGAAGGCCUUUCCAUGGGGACUCUCCGAUUAUCGUUCAAGUGCCUCGUCACGACAAUAUUCUCCUUGGUGGAGGGGUUUUGUGUGUGUUGAAUUGGGGAGGGUGGGGGGAGGGAAGAAAGCCGAGUCUAUGUAAACAUGCUGCAUGCUCUCUUGUAUUCUGUGUACAGCCUGGGGCAAGCCUCUGAAGACCUGUUCUGACUGCUCCUCAGUCCUUCCAGAGCAACAGUGCUCAAGCAGUUUGCACUGCUGGGGCAAGGUGCGGAAAGCUGACGUUUAGAAUUCGGUUACAAUCGUUGCCGUUUAUCAAUUCUUCUACCAUUAAGUAACCUCAAAACGAUGGAAGUUGUUUCACAGGCUUAGAGAGUCCUCUUCUGUUCUUCAGGACUGAAGGUGGGGUUGAGGGAUGUUCUUGUUCAAUGCCAGAUGGCUGAU